GAAGAGGGGAAUGGGCUGGAAAGUAGAGCGUACGAAAAAAAACUGUAGAGGAAAGUAGCCCUCGUGUAGCCUUGCUUAUUUGCAUUUUUUCCCCCCUGGUCCCACCACGGAAGAGCCGGAUGUUUGGUUGCCUUCAAGAUGCUCCUUUCCUGACACCACCGCUUGAGUGAGUCGUCGUCGUGAUUUCCGAUCUUUGAUCUGAGUAGACCAGAAACAAGAAUCCCUUCCCUUCGACGCUCUCUUUCCCAGGCCUCGGAGAUUUUCUCACGGAAAAAAGAAAAGGGGAAAAAAAUAUACCCCUCUUGUCUUGGCGGUCUGUCUCUCUUCUCGUAUCUAGGGCACCGCUUCUUCUCGACCGCCGCCUCUCAUCCAGGUAAUGCAAGACAUGGAGCAGUGGAUGCAUCAAAUUGAACAAUGGGUUCGUCAUCAGCCAGUAGAGCAGCUCUAUGCUGCUCUUGCUGUUCUCAUUGUGACUAUUGCUUUCUUUGCCAUCCUCCGAUUAUUGAAGCCUGCCAAGUCUAGUACCAUAGUGCUUGCUGGAUUAAGUGGCAGUGGAAAAACAGUUCUCUUUUACCAGCUCCGUGAUGGUUCUCCACAUCAAGGUACUGUUACAUCAAUGGAACCGAAUGAGGGUACUUUUAUGCUGCAUUCUGAAAUGGAAAAGAAGGGCAAACUGAACCCCAUCCAUUUGGUUGAUGUUCCUGGGCAUUCACGGCUCAGACCCAAACUUGAUGAAUUCUUGCCUCGUGCAGCUGGCCUCAUUUUCGUUGUGGAUGCUUUAGAUUUCUUACCAAACUGUCGAGCAGCUGCUGAGUAUCUGUAUGAUAUUCUGACUAAAGCAAGCAUAGUGAAGAGGAAAGUCGCCAUUUUGAUUUUAUGCAACAAGACAGAUAAAGUGACAGCACACUCCAAGGAAUUCAUCAGGAAACAAUUAGAGAAAGAAAUAGACAAGCUUCGUACGUCAAGAAAUGCCCUAUCCACUGCUGACAUUGCCAAUGAAUAUACGCUUGGGGUGCCUGGAGAGGCAUUUUCCUUUUCUCAUUGCCGAAACAAGGUGACAAUAGCAGAUGCAUCUGGUUUGACUGGUGAGGUAUCUCAGGUGGAGCAGUUCAUCAGAGAGCAUGUGAAGCCUUAGCAAUUGGUUUUUUGGGCUUUUUCUUUUUCGAACUUGCGGACUCGAUGGUUUAAAGAAUAAAAGGUUGAGCCGGUUUCAUGAUGAUUAGUGUUGAUUGCAUGCUCUUGCCAUCUCAUGCAUCUUUCUUUAAAUGUCGAGACUGCUCGUGUCACAUUUGAUUUGCUAGAACUAGGGACAAUGACUUGUUAUUCAGAAAACAAAGAACUAGGACAGUGAGAACAUGCUGUAUGAUGUCAUAAUUCAGAAACCAUUCAAGCUGUUCGGUGAGUGCUGCUGCUUGUGAUUUAUGGAGAUUAGGUUUUGCCUAAUAUUAAUUAACAGUUACAGGUA